AUGGCGAAGAUAAAGUCGAUGGAGUACUUCCGCGUCCCGCCCCGGUGGCUGUUCGUAAAAGUCACCGACGAGGAUGGAAACUUUGGCUGGGGUGAGGCAUCGCUGGAGGGACACACACAGGCGGUCGAGGGAUGCUUAGAUGCGUGGUUCGCCAAGUUCAAGGGACACGAUGCUGACGAUAUCGAGCACAUCUGGCAAAUGGCAUGGCGGACGGGAUUCUAUCGCGGAGGGCCAGUGUUUAUGAGUGCGCUUUCUGGGAUUGACAUAGCACUGUGGGAUCUAAAAGGCAAAAAACUCGGCGUUCCUAUAUACCAGCUUUUAGGAGGAAAAGUGAGGCACAAGCUCAAGGUAUAUGCCUGGAUUGGAGGCGAUCGCCCAAGUGAGGUCGAACAACAAGCUUUGGCUCGCAAAGAGCAGGGUUUUCACGCUGUCAAAAUGAACGGAACAGGAGACGUCUGCUGGCUCGACUCUCCCUCCGUCCUCGACGACGUAGUCCAGAGGAUAAAGGUUGUCAAAAGCCUCGGAAUGGACGCCGCAGUCGAUUUCCACGGCCGCGUCCACAAGCCCAUGGCAAAACAACUCGCCGCCCUCCUCCAGCCUCAUCGGCCGCUCUUCAUCGAGGAGCCGUUGCUGCCCGAGAAUAUUGGCGGCAUCAAGGAACUAUCUCAGCUCACAACUUGUCCGAUUGCUCUUGGCGAGCGACUGUACAGCCGCUGGGACGUCCGCCCUUAUCUAGAGGCCGGGUGCGUGGAUGUGCUGCAACCUGAUAUCUGCCAUGUUGGUGGCAUCUCCGAGUUGAGGCGCAUCGCUUCUAUGGCUGAGACAUAUGAUGUUGCGUUGGCUCCUCAUUGCCCGCUGGGGCCCAUUGCCUUGGCCGCAAAUGUGCAGGUAGACGCUGUGUCGUCGAACUUUGCCAUUCAGGAGAUGAGCGUGGGUAUUCACUAUAACAAUACAGGGCAGGAUAUUGAAACAUAUAUCAAGAACCCCGAGAUUUGGAAAGUGGAGGACGGCUACAUCAACGUGCUGUCAGGCCCCGGUUUGGGGAUCGAGGUCGACGAGGAGAUGGUCCGCAAGCUGUCCAAGGACUGUGUGCCGUGGGACUCGCCCUCCUUCAGAGGGCCGGACGGCGAAAUCAGAGAAUGGUGA